AUGAAAAAGAUUGUGGGGCUAGAGCUUUUUAGUCCGAAAAAGCAUAAGUCUUUCAGGUAUAUUAGAGAGGAAGAAGGUGACUUGCUGGUCAAGAAAAUAUCAAAAUCCGCUCAAACACAAACCCUAAUAGAUUUGAGGAAAUCCUUUUUCUCCUUCACUGCCGGUACCAUAUUUAGAAUAGCCUUUGGACGAAACUUCCGACAGUACAAUUUCACCGAUAUGGACAAACUUGAAGAGCUGGUGCUAGAGGCAGAAACCAACGUUUGCAUCUUGGCACUCACUGACUUCUUACCCACGGGUUUUGGUUGGCUUGUAGACCGGAUCUCCGGUCGGCAUUCGAGGAUGAACAAUGCCUUUUCCAAACUCACCAAUUUCUUUCAAGAUGUGAUCGAUGAGCAACUAAAGAUUGGACAACUCCAAGAUAAUUCCAACCUCGUCAGUGCCAUGUUGGAUAUGAUCAAUAUACCCACUAAUCUCACUUCUUUCCAGAUCACUUCCGAUCAUCUCAUAGCAAUGAUGUCGGUCAGUGUGAAUAAUCUCUUAAUUAGUACCAAUCUUUAA